AUGCUCUUAUUUAUGAAUCAAAAUAUUUAAAAGGAUUUAAAAGAGGGUAUGCUGGAAAAGGUGGAUCUGGUGGUUUUUAAGGAAAUCAUGAAGUUUUUUAGAUUAUUUCUUGGAAUAAACACCAAAUUACAGCUCUCUUAUCCAAGAAAUCAAAACAGAGGAACUUAAAUACGAAAUGGAAAAUUUAGUAAAGGGUGUGGAGGAGAAGGGGAGAAAAUAUUGUGGAAAAAUCAUUCCAUAAAUACUUAAAAUCUGAAAUAUUCUGAUAAAAUAAACUUUAGCUUGAGUGAACUAAUAAAAUAAGGACAUAAAUCAAAAUAAAUUAAAUCCAUAUAUUUAAAUUAUUCAUAUUUGAUAAUGAUAUCACAAAUUUAAAUGAUUUCUAUUAAUUCAUCUAUUUUGUGA